AUGCCACCAAAGUCAGCUAUCUCAUCAAAAACUGCAGUGGAGCAAGAAGAUAGGAUUCUUCUUGCCAUUGAAGCUAUUUAGAAAGAUUAAGUCGCUAGUAUUCGUGAGACUGUAUAUAUUUUUAAUAUUUCUUGAACCACCCUUCGCGCUCGUUUAGCUGGACGAGGCUUUGUCAAAGAUAUGACCAACGCGCGUUAAAAGUUAUCAAAAAAUAAAAAAGAAGUAUUUAUUAAAUAGAUCUUAUCUUUAGAUAAGCGAGGCGCACCUCCACGUCCGCUUGAAAUUAGGAAUAUAGCUAAUUUAAUACUCUCUAAGCGAGGUUAUUCAACAUCUGAGAAAGUAGAUUCCAACUGGGCUUAUAACUUUGUUAAAUACUACGAGUCCCUCCGAACCCAAUUCGCUAGAUAAUACAACUAUCAAAAAACUAAAAUAGAGGAUUCUGAGAUUAUAAAAGACUGGUUUAAUCAGGUCCAGAAGGUCAUACAAGAGUAUAGAAUCUCACCAGAUAAUAUAUAUAAUUUUAAUAAAACGGGGUUUGCUAUGGAACUGAUUACUACUACUAAGAUGGUAACUAGUUCCUAAAAAGCUGGUUAACCGUUCUUGAUUUAAUUAGGAAACUGGGAAUGAGUUAUUUUAAUUGAGUAUAUUCAGUCUAAUAAAGAGAUUUUACUUCUAAUUCUGAUUUUUAAGAGUAAAACGCAUCUUCAAAUAUGGUAUAAAGGUCAAACCGUUCUCUCUAUCUGGAGGAUUAAAGUUAGUGAUAAUAGUUAGAUAACUAAUAUUAUUAGACUUUGAUGGCUUCAAAAACACUUUAUUCUGUUAAUUAAAAAUAAAUUAAUAGGUAAAUACAAUCUUCUAGUUCUUGACAGUUAUGGUAGCUAUCUAACUCCUGAGUUUAAUUAAAUUUAUAUUAAAAAUGAGAUUAUUUCUAUUUAUAUGCCUGCUUAUUCGUCGCAUCUACUUCAAUCUCUUGAUGUUGGCUGUUUUAGUAUACUUAAACGCGCGUAUGGUGGAUUGGUUGAAAGAUAAGCACGCUACGGCCGGAAUUAUAUUAAUAAGCUUGACUUUCUAGAAGUCUAUCUUAAAGCCCACUAGUAAGCUUUAAUAAUAUCAAAUAUUAUUAGUAGAUUUAGAGUAAUAGGUCUAGUUCCUCUGGAUUCUAAUUAAGUGCUUCGUCAGCUGAAUAUUUACUUGAAAAUACUACCAACCUCGGACAGCCAGUCAAGUGGCUCAAUGUUUUAAAUAUUAUAUAAUAUAAAGUAUCUUGCAAAGCAUCAAAAUACUGUGGAACAUCUACUUUGAAAGUAUCAAGCAAGUCUAAUUUCAUUUAUAUACUCUAUACUAUAGCAGCUUCUUAAAGAGUGCGAGCUUGUAAUAAUGAAUUCAAUCCUACUAGCCAAGGAGAAUGAGAAACUACGCGCUAGUUAUGAAAAAUAGCUUUAAAAGAGAAAGUGCUCCAAGAAGCAGGUGAUUUAUAAAAAAGGUACUACCAUUAAAAAUACUCAGCAAGCUAUAUAAUAUGAAGAGAUCCAAUAUAGUCAAGAUAUAGAGAUUAGUAGUAAGAUUAAGCAGGUAUUUUAAUCUACGGAGACCCCCUCGCGGACGCCUCCACGGUGCAGUAAUUGCUUUAUUAUUGGUUAUAAACGGACGCAUUGUUCUAAACCGCCUAGUAAUUAGUUGUAUAGCAAUUUAUAUAAAGAAUUGUGUUGAUUAAAAGACUUCAAUUUCAGUAUUUCGUGUUGUUCUAGCAGGGGGGUGGGCCGCGCGAUUGUACGGGCCGCGCGAUUGUGGAUUACGUUAAUGGAUUCGGUCCCAGAUUAAGCUGCCAGGGGAAAAGAUGGACUUGAAGAGAGUGAUCGUCACAGAUUAGAUUCGGCUGAUCGGGGCUGCUUUGGACGCCCAUUUCUUGGCUUAAAGAUAUAGAAGCAGCUUCUUUGAACAUAAAAUAUGGAUAUUUGCACGUUGUCUUCACUAUAGUCAGUUGUAAUUCACAAUAGGUGA